AUGGCACAGGCACACCAAGGACGUGGUCCGUCACGAAAGCGAAGUGCAAUUUGGACCCUCUUUUCCGUUCCCGAAGGCGAAACUGCAAAGUGCAACUUUUGUGGAAAUGCUCUUUCCUACCGUGGAGGAGCAACGGCAAAUUUGUGGCGGCAUGUCCGAGUCAAGCACCCUGGCGCAUCUCUCCUGCGCUCGAACCCGGUCCUGGGGGCAUCGCAACAACAAGGUAACGAUGAGGUUGUUGACGACCCAGUGGAACCCUCACACCCUUCUCCGAAUGAAUCCGGUGCCCGACCUUCGGUUCCUUCGGGACUGUCAUCUUUAUCCUUGUCGGCACCGUCCACUUCAGGACAGUCCGCUCCUCCACGUCCCCUACCUGUUGCCCGAGGACACCGAUGGGAAACCCAGCAGCAAGCUACAAUUUCUCACUACAUGAAUAGACCGCUGACACUCAGUAAGACGGCAAAGCUAGACGAACAGCUGGUCAAACUUAUUGUCAAGGAGUAUCACCCAUUCUCCCUUGUCGAGGGUGAGCAGUUUAAGCAGUUUGUCUACGCGCUAAAUCCAAAUUACCGGCUACCAACGAGGAAAACGCUGUCGUCGACCCUCCUUCCACAACAGCAUGCAAAGGUGGCGGAGCAGGUAAGAAUGCAUUUACGAAGCGCAACGGCAGUUUGCUUAACGACAGAUGGUUGGACGUCAAUGACAAACGAAAGUUACAUUGGACUGACUGCACACUUCAUCGACGAAAACUGUGAGAUGAAGUCAUACCUUCUGGACUGUUUCUCUUAUAAUGAGCGCCACACCGCUGAAAAUAUCGCAAGUGAACUACAGAGAGUGGUGACAGAGUGGGACAUCCAGAACAAGAUUUGCGCUGCAGUAAGCGAUAGUGCGGCCAAUGUCACUGCUGCAAUUCGUGCGUGUGGUUGGCGUCACAAUCCGUGCUUCGCACACGUGCUAAACUUGGUCGUGCAAGCCGGCGUACGGGAAAUAAGUAGCGUACAAGCAAAAGUGAAGGCUAUAGUUCGCUUUUUUAAGCACAGCUCGCAUGGAUUGGCAAGGCUACAAGCAAUCCAGCAACAAAUGGGAAUGACGUUGCUUAAGUUGAAACAAGACGUUCCCACCCGUUGGAAGUAG